CUUGGUUCGCUCAGUUCCGCGUUCUCACCCAAGCUUAUCGCCACUCACCGGAGGCACGACUUGAUCCUCUUUGCUUCAACAGACUUCAACAGGCUCGAGCUCAGUCGAGGGAACGCUAGAUCUGACAAGGGAAGAAUAAGGAAGCAUACAGUCACUUCUUGACGCCGAUGAGCACUUCGAAAGCGCACGUGGAUUGAAAGGUUUAUCACACUUAAAACUGUGAUCAUACCAUUGGUUAGUGUGUUUAAUUAUUGCUUUCAGGUUACUUUGUAAGUGAAAUUGAAAAAAUACACCGGCACCACAAUACCAAUUGAAUAGCUGUGCCUUGAAACAGUUUGAUCAAUAGGUGUGAAGGCAGCAGACAAGGAGUACCGGCGCCCUGCACCUGCACUCUACCGGCGCUCUGCACCUUCACUCUACCGGCGGGCACAGGUGCUACUGUAGCCUCCAAAGUUGACAACAUACUGCGACAGGGUCAGCAACAAAAUAGGAAAACAAAACAAAAAUCCGAUCGAAAGAUAUAAAGAAAAACAAGUGUCUGAGAGAAAGAGAGAGAGGGAGGGAGGGACAUAGAGAGAGAGAGAGAGAGAGAGAGAGAGAGAGAGAGAGAGAGAGAGAGAGAGAGAGAGAGAGAGAGAGAGAGAGAGAGAGAGAGAGAGAGAGACACCCCCUGGAGAAUAGCAGAAGACCCGGCCCCCGGCCUGAGUGUAAGAGAGAGAGAGAGGGUGAGGGACCGUUUUAAAGCCGGCACAGGCAUGAUGUCCUACAUUAAGCAGCCUCAUUACGCCGUGAACGGGUUAACUCUGUCUGGCCCGGGCAUGGAUCUACUACACUCUGCCGUCGGAUACCCAAACAUCCCCAGAAAGCAGCGUCGGGAAAGGACCACGUUUACGCGCGCGCAGUUGGACAUCCUGGAGGCACUGUUUUCCAAGACGCGCUACCCCGACAUCUUCAUGAGAGAAGAAGUGGCCCUUAAGAUCAACCUACCAGAGUCUCGUGUACAGGUAUGGUUCAAGAACCGUCGUGCUAAAUGCCGCCAGCAGGCACAGCAGAGCACGGGCCAGUCUAAACCUCGUCCACCUAAGAAGAAGGCCUCUCCAGCCCGGGAGGCCAACUCUGAGGCCAGUGCCAACACCAACGGGUCCUACAGUCCAGCACCCCUUCCCCUUGGCACCGCCAUCACCCCCAGCUCCAGCAGUGCCAACGCGACCGUGUCCAUUUGGAGCCCUGCCUCCAUCUCCCCGCUGCCAGACCCCCUAUCAGCCUCCACCACGCCCUGCAUGCAGCGCUCCUCUGCCUACCCCAUGACCUACACCCAGGCCCCGGCCUACACCCAGAGCUACGCAGGCUCAUCCUCUUACUUCACUGGCCUGGACUGCAGCUCUUACCUGUCGCCCAUGCACUCACAGCUCUCUGCCACAGGGGGUGCCCUCAGCCCCAUCACCUCUAUGGGUGGGCACCUAAGCCAGUCCCCCUCUCUGUCCUCACAGGGCUACACAGCCGCCUCGCUGGGCUUCGGGGCCGUCGACUGCCUGGACUACAAGGACCAAGCUGCCUCCUGGAAACUCAACUUCAACGCAGCUGACUGCCUGGACUACAAAGACCAGAAUUCCUGGAAGUUCCAGGUCUUGUAGGGGGGAGGAGGUAAGGAAGGGACCAGCCAGGAGAAGCUCCCAUUCCAUUCAGUGUUAAAGACUUGGACACAUAGAUGGUCAACUAAUCAUUUCAGUCCAUGAACUCAUUGACUGAGUAAUAUGUCAUUAUUUCUUGUGUUAUGGACAGCAAUGUGGAAGCAUUGGUGUUGGAAUUUGUGAUUGUUGGGAAGGUGACAAGAAAUCACUGAUCACAUCAACUCUAUUAUAUCCAAUCAAUCCAAUCAAUCUAUUAUAUCCAAUCAAUAUUGUCAAAUCUAUUAUAUCCAAUCAAUACAGCAUUAUCAAUGUGAGAAUGCACAAUCAACACAGCAUUAUCAAUGUGAGAAUGCACAAUCAACACAGCAUUAUCAAUGUGAGAAUGCACAAUCAACACAGCAUUAUCAAUGUGAGAAUGCACAAUCAACACAGCAUUAUCAAUGUGAGAAUGCACAAUCAACACAGCAUUAUCAAUGUGAGAAUGCACAAUCAACACAGCAUUAUCAAUGUGAGAAUGCACAAUCAAUGGUACAUUAAAGUAAUAAAGAUAGUCAUAUAGAAUUGAUGACAAACAAAUCAACAUGUAAAAAGACACUUGAGAUACUUAAAAUUGAAAAACAAUUUUAUUAAAAAGGACUACAUACCACACUAUUGAAAGCAAUACCUGUAGAAUGAAAUGUAAUACAUUUCUAAUUUGAUGAUUACAUUUAGAGGAACAAAAUGCAUAAUUGACAAAGGUCCAUUCUUGUAUUCCAUAAUCAGGGUUUUGUGGACCAAAUGAACAGAGAUUGCAACUUGAAGGAUGAAUGGGGUAUACAUUUGAUGGAGAGAAUGAACAAUUGAUUUAAAAAGAGUAGAAAAUAGAAAAAAGAAGAUUCAAAUAUUGGUUGCAAUGGAUCCCAUCGUUCAGGUAGCUGGUAGUCAACCCCAAGUUGAUUUCUGAACAAGAUCUGUCACUCCUUUAGUGGUCUUGUUGUGCUUAAUGGUAACUGAAAACUAGAAAGGAAAAGUGGAAUUCAAUUCCCAAGAUGGGUGGGCUGGCCUUGACUUUUGACCAAAUUUGAUCCAGUGGUUAUUUUUGUCAUUACUUCAGAACAAUUGAAAGUUGUGUACAUUGUAAUGAAGAAAAUGACUCUGCCUUGAAUUUGAUAUUGAACAAACAGAGGGAGUUCCAGCCAUAGGUGAAGACUGACUCCAAUGGGGACAAUGUUGUUUUCUUUUUCCCUCUGUCAUUUGUUUUAUGGUUUAUUUUUGUUAUGAAGCUGCUUUUCAUAUUUGGUGAACAGAGAUCCUGGAGCCAAACAGACACACAGGCAGACACACAGACAGACACACAGACGUGCAUGUGUUUCUCAAUAAGCAAGAGGGGAUGGGUAAAGCAAGGAUAACCUUUGGUACUGUCAAGUAGAGACCAUAGGCUAUUGUUGUAUCCUUUUCCCCCAGUAGCUUUGAAGGGAGGGGACCCUCGGCAGAGUGUGUUAGAGUGAAGGGGGGUAAGGGGGUAAGAAAGAGGGGCAGGGUUAGGGCUAUAGGGUUAGUAACAGACCUCUUGUCUUUAAUCACCCAUCAUGGAAUGAAUCACAUCUGGGCACAAGGCAUUCUGGGAUCUGCAAGGAUGACCAAUGUGUAGCCUUUGCGUAGAGUUUGUUGGGGGAGGGUGGACGACUAUGAUGAUUACGUCACUUAAAUACAACAUUUUCCCUUAAUGACUUAACAAACCCUGUUGCCGAAUAUACUGUUACAAUGAGAUAUUUGCAGGAGAGAAGACAGUAGAAAGGGAAGGGUCUGGCCAUGACUGCGCUACCCUUGCACAGAAAACACGGAGCUUCUCUCAGUUGUUACCUGUAAAGGAGCGAGGGGUACCAUUUUGUGUUGAAGUAUCGUUUCAUCUUUUUUUUGUAUUAGACUAUAACAUAUUAUGUUUCUUUAAAUUUGUGCGUCCUUUGAAGUACAAUUGUGGUAAUUUGUUUGACGUUAAUAUUAUCAUUAUUAAUAUAAUUAUUAUUAAUUCCACAGCUCUUAUGAAUAUUGCUAUUAUUCUGUUUAUUUUGUUCUUUUUGUAAAUAUUAAACUUUACUUGAAAAUGCAAUCAUGUCUGGCACCAACAAUGUGUUACACAGACACACCACGCAACUUCACUCCUAAUUUCUACAAGACUAGCAAUAUAUAUAUUUUUAAUUUCAGUUUUCUGGUCUCGUCUUUUCUGACCAACGUUUUUCAAACUCAGGGCUUUAUCCAAUACAAUUAGUGGUGAUAAGAUAUAAUACUGUGUAUAGUUCUUGAUUGUAUACUUUCAAUAUUUUGCAUUCUAAUAUAUGCUUUUCUUUGUGUCCUGAUACGAAUGACUCACCCUCUUUAGUAUAUCAGACAUAUCUCUUGUGUGUUUCCCCAACUCUACAUGGGACAGAUAUUUAGUUUUAAGACAUUAAACAACUGAAGAAAGUC